AGUCGAUCGGCAGUUUCGGCCAUUUUCGUAUAAGAGGUAUCGGAUUUGCUACGUACUUCUUGUACAUCGGAUCAUCACGAUGUGCUCGAGAGUCUGAAGCUCUGAAGGCGGGGUUCGUCAUCUUUCGGUCAACUCCCCGAUGAUGUUGGGUCAUCGACAAGUCCAAGCCCAAAAUAUGUCACCCACCCCUGCUGUUCUGGGUUGAACAGUGUGUUGGGUUGCAAGGGAUGUUGACCUUUUGCAAUCAUUGCUCUAUACCCAGGCGUCGUUGGCGAUACAGUAAAUUCAAGCACCAUGGCUGUUGGAAAGACACCUCUGUCGGUCGAGGACAUUCUCGCCAAACAAAAGGCCGAGAAGGAAGAGGCGUCAAAGCCCAAGUUCCUGACGAAAGCACAGAGAGCUCAGAUCGCUCUCGAGAAACGGCAACAAGAGAUCGCCGCUUCUCAAGACAAGCAGGCUGCCGAACGAGCGGAACGAGAAAAGUUGGAACAAUCCGUCGAGGAGGAGCGGAGGCGGAACGAUUCAUACCGAUACGGAGGACCUGGAGGAAAUGGGCAAUACGGUGGACCGCAAGGUGGAAGAUACGGUCAACAAUCGUAUCAAGCUGGAAACCGAGGUGCUCAUCCCAAUCAGCGGGCUUAUGAUCGAGGACUAGGUGCGCCUAGUGGACCUAGAAGCAAUGGCGGUCCGCCACCUUCGGGACCUCGAGGUGGAGGUUAUGUGCCAUCACCAUUGAGCGGUGCUGGUGGAGGGUCGAGUUCAAGGAAUGGAGACAACUACCAGUCGACACCGAUCCCCACCGGGCCUCGGAAUGGCACCAACUCUAUGCCAGGCCCGCCUAACCAGGACAACCCUACCGUUACCGCCUCGCCUUCUCGAACGUUUGACAACCCGACCGAUGGAAUGCCUUCGAUCGGGUCGUCAGCUGCACCUCCCACUGAUGCCGAGCUAGCCAUCAUCCGUCAACGAUAUCUCGGAGCGGCUCCUCCAGGUGAAGCUGGACCGGCCGCCAAGAAACCUCGCGCGAGAAAGCUGCAGGACAAGAAGUUUGUCUUCGAUUGGGAUGCGAGCGAAGACACCUCCUCGGCAGAAGUCGGUACAUGGCGAGACGAAAUGGCUAAUGGGAAUCGAGCCGUGGGCGUCGGGGUCGGGACCAUGUUCGGAGGUCGACUAGCGGGCUAUGACGAAGGUGGCCGAAGCAAGGCGACGAGUCGAGCUCUGGAAGAUCACCACGCUGAUGCUCUCGAGCGACGUCGGGCGGCCAAGCAUGGGCACGAUGAUCGACACUGGACCGAGAAACCUCUUGUCGAGAUGAAGGACCGAGAUUGGCGAAUUUUCCGGGAAGACUUUUCCAUCUCGGCAAGGGGAGGAAAUAUUCCUCAUCCCAUGCGAAACUGGCGAGAGUCGGGUAUCCCGGAAGCGAUUCUGAACAUCAUCGACGAGAUUGGGUACAAGGAGCCUAGUCCUAUUCAGCGACAAGCCAUCCCGAUCGGUCUGAAGAAUCGAGAUCUCAUCGGUAUCGCCCAGACCGGUUCCGGUAAGACGGCCAGUUUCGUCAUUCCCAUGCUGGAAUACAUCUCGCAUCUGGCCCCACUCACUGAAGAGAAUAUGCACCUCGGUCCUUAUGCGCUCAUCAUGGCACCGACUCGUGAGUUGGCUCAACAGAUCGAGAGCGAGACCAAGAGAUUCGCCGGUCCCAUGGGAUACAAGACGGUUUCCAUUGUCGGUGGAAAGGCUGUCGAAGAGCAACAGUUCAACCUGAGAGAAGGAGCCGAGAUCGUCAUUGCCACACCCGGUCGUCUCAAGGAUAUCAUCGACCGUAACAUCAUGGUGCUAAGCCAGUGUCGAUACGUCGUCAUGGACGAAGCCGAUCGAAUGGUCGAUCUCGGUUUCGAAGAGGAGUUGAACUAUAUCCUGGGUUCGAUGCCUGCGGAUUACGCUAAACCGGAAGACAUGGACGUCGAUGAUUACGUCGACCCUAACCCGGAGCUCGACAAGAACGGCGGACCACAGACGGGGUGGAAGGGUCUCCGGGUGACGACGCUGUUCUCGGCUACAAUGCCUCCGAUCGUCGAAAGGCUCGCCCGGAAAUACCUCAGAAAGCCAGCGACAGUCGUUAUCGGAAACGCCGGAGAGGCCGUCGAGACGGUCGAGCAGAGGGUCGAGUUUAUCCAGGGAGACGAGAAGCGAAAGCUCAAGCUGCAAGAGAUCUUGAGGACCAUCGGAUUGCCACCCCCCAUGAUCGUAUUUGUCAACCAAAAGAAGACUGCCGACAUGGUCGUCAAAUACGUCCAACAGGCUGGGCGUCGUGGUGUCACACUGCAUUCCGGCAAGAACCAGGAACAGCGAGAGGCUGCAUUGCAAUCUUUGCGAGAUGGUGACGUGGAGGUGCUGGUCGCUACCGAUCUGGCCGGACGUGGUAUCGAUGUACCCGACGUCACUUGCGUCAUCAAUUGGCAGAUGGCAUCGACCAUCGAGAAGUAUGUGCAUCGUAUCGGUCGAACUGGUCGUGCUGGUAAGACCGGUAUCGCCAUCACUUUCCUGGGCAACGAGGACGAAGAGACCAUGUAUGAUCUCAAGCAAGAAAUCUCGAAGAGUCCUAUUUCGACGCUCUCACAGGAACUCGCUCAUCAUCCUGCGGCUAGGCAACGUAUCACGAGAGAGAUGAAGCGGAAGAGAGACGACGAAGACUGAUCGUUCCUGGCACUAAGGGAGACAUUGUAGUUCGAGGC